UGAUUUGGACAACGUUUACUUUCAACAAAACGGCGCUACGUGCCACACAAGCAAACGAAACCAUCGAUCUUUUACGGGAAAAAUUUCCGGACCGUGUUAUCUCUCGAAGAGGUGAUCACAAUUGGCCACCGAGAUCUUGUGAUUUAACACCUUGCGACUUUUUUCUUUGCGGCCACGUGAAAGAUAAGGUCUACGCCAACAGUCCAGUAUCGAUUCAAGACCUCAAAGAUGGAAUUCGUGAGGCUAUCGAGGACAUAGAGCAGCCGCUUUGCAAUUUGGUUACGGAAAAUUUUUUGAAAACUUUUCAUUGAAAAGGAUAUGGUCCUGUAAGCGCAGUCGUGGCGGCCAUUUGGCUGAUGUUGUGUUCUAUUAUUAACGACAUACCUUCCUCUUUAUAAUGAAAUAAACAUCUAUCAUUUAUCUCAAAAAAUGGCAUUUUUAUUUGAAUAUCAAAAUAACACCUCUUAUUGGAAAACCCCUUACUUGUAAGUCUUCUCUAACAGUACUCCCUGUAUAUCCUUUCCUAAUAUAUAAUUCCACGGAGUUUAUUUCUAAAUUUAGUUGACUAGCAUACGUUAACCUCAAAAUGACGCUACGACCCAAUUAUUUCUUAAACAAAUUUUUUACAACUAACGCUCAAAUAAUACCAAAAAUUUGUAUUGUUGGAGCUGGAACAGCUGGUUUUUAUGCAGCACAACAAUUAAUUAAAAAAUUGAAGACUCCCCAAAUAGAUAUUAUUGAAAAAUUGCCAGUGCCUUUUGGUUUGGUAAGAUUUGGUGUUGCACCCGACCACCCUGAAGUUAAAAACGUAGUUAAUACUUUUACGAAGGUAGCAGAAAAUCCUUGUGUAAGAUUCCUAGGAAAUGUGAAACUUGGAACAGAUGUUACCUUAAAACAACUUCGAGAUGCAUAUCAUGUCGUUUUAUUAACAUACGGAGCAAAUGAAAGUAAGAAGCUAGAUAUUCCAGGUGAAAAUUUGAAAAAUGUAAUUGAAGCAAGAAGAAUUGUAGGAUGGUACAAUGGUACGCCAUGGGAUAAAGAUCUAGAUAUUGAUUUAAGUGGUGAAACUGCUACUAUUUUUGGACAGGGUAACGUUGCAAUAGAUGUUGCUAGGAUUUUAUUAUCAGAUGUAGAUGAAUUAAAGAAAACUGAUAUCACCGAGUAUGCCUUAGAAGCCUUAUCAAAAUCAAAAAUAAAAACCGUGUACUUCAUAGGACGGCGGGGUCCCUUACAAGCUGCCUUUACCAUAAAAGAACUGAGAGAAAUGCUGAAACUUCCGUCAUGCUCUACAAUAUGGAGACCAGAAGAUUUCGUCGGUAUCUCGGAACAUCUUGCCAAUUUGUCCAGGCAAAAGAAACGAAUAACUGAACUUAUGUUGAAAUCUUUGGAGGAAAAUAAUACACAAGCAAAUAAGGAAUUUAAGCCGAUCUUUUUCAGGUCACCAUUAGAGCUUGUGGGUACAGACAAAGUUGAAAAAGUUAUUUUGGGAAUCAAUAAACUUGAAGGGGAGGAUAUUUUAAAACAGAAAGCAGUAUUGUUAGACAAGACAGAAGAAUUAAAUGCAGAUUUAGCAAUUCCCAGUAUAGGCUAUAGGUCUAUGCAGGUUGAAAGUAGUAUUCCCUUUGAUUUUAAAAGAGGUGUGGUUCAGAACAACAAAUCACGAGUUGAUAAAGGAUUAUAUGUUUCUGGAUGGCUUGGCACAGGUCCCAUUGGAGUCAUAUUAAGCACAAUGGGCAACGCUUUUGAAGUAGCCGAUACUAUUGUAAAUGAUAUAAAUAGCGAAAAUUUAGUAGAUAAGCCUAAAGGUGGUUACGAAGACAUCACGAAUACAUUGAUUGAAAAAAAUAUUCAAGUUAUCAGUUGGCAACAUUGGGAGAAAAUUGAUAAGUAUGAACAGGAUAAAGGUGUAAAACUUGGAAAGCCUAGAGAAAAAGUUGUCGAUAUUGAUAAGAUGUUGAGAAUAGCAGAUUCUUCAUUAUAGCACAAAAAAAUGUGAAUAUGAAGAGAAAAAAGUGCUGCAGUAUUUCAAAUGCGUUUAUAUACAUGUAGUAGAAGAUAUAUAUUUUUUAAUAGGAAAUUUUACAGUACCAGGUUUAUUUAUAGUGCUAGAGAUCAGCAUUUAUUUAAUUUUUAGCUCAAUUUUAUAUUUUUGUUAUUAUUUUUUCACUAUAUAUUAAAUUCAAUAGGAUUGUUAGUAACCAACUUAACCCAUGAGAGCCCAAAUAAUUUUAUUUCGUUUUUGUCAACUUUAACAAGUUUUUUUUUACCAACAUGUUACUAAACUAAUACAAAAAGUACAUUUUUUUUCUAUAUGAACAUUAUUUUUUUAAAAAUCAUGUGUUGCCAAAUAUGUAUGCAAUGAAGUGGAAUUAGUAACGAAAAAGAGAUACUAUUAUCGGCGUACAGAUGCUGUAGCAAUGGAAAUAAUCUUGAUUGAAUUUAAUAAUAUAUAAGGGGAGGAGUGGGUAUUUUGCCCACUUAAGAAAAAUUAUUGAUAUCUGCAACUUUAAAGCCGGGAGUAAACUUUUUUAAGAGUCUCUAGGCAUGAGCAUUAGGGUGUCCGUUAUUUUCCAGAUUGGGUUUUGUUCUACAAACGCCCCUCAAAUUAUUAGGUUAUAAUUAAAAAAAUAUCAGACUCAAACCAACCCUUUAUAUUCACAUUAACCCGUGCCUAAUUCAUAACCAUCUAAAUUACAUAGGAUUUUUAUACUUUUUACAGUUAAUUUUUUUCCACUGAAUGUUACUAUAUGGUAACCAGGUUCUGAUGAUGAGAAAGAUGCAACGACGCAACCCCAUCGAGUUUGGGCUCGUUUGAUUAGUCUUAACGAGUAUUUUGAUACUAGAUGGUAACCAGAGUCUGAUGAUGAGAAAGAUGGCCAUAGGAACUCAACAAUUAAAUGAACGACGCAACCCCAUCGAGUUUGGGCUCGUUUGAUUCGUCUUAACGAGUAUUUUGAUACUAGAUGGUAACCAGAGUCUAAUGAUGAGAAAGAUGGCCAUAGGAACUCCGUAAUUAAAUGAACAAGGCAAUAAAGUAUUAUUUAUUGUUGAGCGGAUUACGUCGCCUAUCAGAGUUAUACCCACCAUAUAGAGGGUUAUAUCGGUAAUAAAGUUUUGGCUGCUAAUAAAACAUUACAAAAUUUUCAUCAAAAACUAAUUGCACUUAUUUUAAAAAAUAACAAAACUUGAAUAAUUAUUAAACCACCAGAAUAUUUUUAGGCAUAAAAUACCACUAAAAAUUAUUACUCUAGAGACUGCAUAAAAGAUAUCAAGUCAAUUUAUACAAAUAUAAUUUUUCUACGACCGUGCGUUUUAACCCACUUUCCCGCACGCAUUUUAGUUUUGAAAGUGUCCCACGCUAGUGCGGGAGAGUAAAAUUAUGCAAAUUUUGACUUUAUUAGAUAGUUUUUUACUUCGGAGAUUAUAACUAUUGUUACUACAGGUAAAUAAAUAUUUACGAAAUAGUCCAUCAAAUAAAAUUUAAACCUUUUCUAAUUUUUUGAAAAUAUAAAAUAAUACAGAUAUUUUUUGUAUAACCAUGUACAUUCUUCAAAGGAGUGUCACAAAACAACUAUCAAACCACCCGGGUUUGAUAUCAGUUACUAUGACAACCCAGGUGUGUAAUUAUUACUAAAACGUUUUGGAAGUGACUGAAUAAGUACAAUCUUCUUCUAAAUUAAACCACGUUAAACCGAAUUCGAUACAAUAAUAUUAAUGGAUUCAUCCGACGAAGAACUUCCCGAAGCCAUUUUGAAGGCUGCAAAUGAAGCUAAUUCCGAGCUGUUACUUGCCAAAUCCAGACUAAGGUAUGAGAAGCAAUACGACCAUUUUGUUACAUGGUGUAAGGAGAAAGGGGUCAAAGCUUAUAAGGAAGAGGUAUUUCUGGCAUAUUUUUCAGACCUAAGUAAGGUUUUGAAAUCUAAUACAUUAUGGUCCCACUAUUCGAUGGUAAAAAGUUUAGUAAAAAUAAAACAAAAUUUGGAUAUAGGAAACUUCCAUAAGCUAACGUCGUUACUUAAACAAAAAAAUAUUGGUUUUCGAGCACAGAAAGCGCAAGUUUUUACCAAAGAAGAUAUAUCCAGGGUUAUGCUAGCUCCCGAUGAGGUAUACCUGAUGAAAGUGAGUACUAGUGAGCACUAGCUGGAGCUCUCCGCAGAUCCUAGCUUGUACAUAUCACUGUCGACGACAUUCAAGAUAAAGGCAUAAUUGUUGUGAAAAUUUCUGAUUCCAAAAAUCAUUCGACAAGAUCAUUUGUUUUAUCUGAAGAAAUAAAUGAUGGAACAUAUUUGACGCUGUACAGAAAGUACGCAGAUUUACGAUUUUCACAACCAAAUACUUAAAAUCUUUCACUCUUUGGAAUUGGUAUCGUCCUAGAUUCUCAUUAUUUUUCAUUCUCUUGGGUACCAACAUGUACUUAAAUUUUUUAAUAUUAACCUCCAACUUCUCUAGGUUUUUCUUAUCUAUUGCCAGAAGUGUCAGGUCACCAUUAUAUUAUACUAUCUGCGUACGUUUUUCCUACCUCUAUUUCAUCUAUUACUCUUAUUGAGAUAUUGAAUAGAGUCGUUAAAAAAGCUUUUCCUGUACCUAACAUCUUUUCUUAUUGGAUUUACCUUUGUUAGCCCAUCCUCCAUCAACAUUUUGAUUGUUCAUCAUUGACCGACAAAAACUUGAAGCAACGAAAUAGAGGAGGACAUAAGAAAAUAUAGAAAACUGGUGAGCAAAAUGCCGGAACCGAAAAGAAUGGAAAAUAAUAACAAAAGCAGCCAAAACAAACGACAAACUUAAAAUAGAAAAUGAGGAGUAAUCCACCUCAAAGGCUUGAUGAUGAUGAUGGGCUGAAAAUGAUAGAUAUUUAUUGACAAUCAAUACGCCUUCAAUUUUACAAAAAAAUUUAUUUUUCGUGAUUAAAAGCUUGACUGCUUGAAGAUUCGGUUUUUAUUUUCUUUUGGAGGGGUUCGGACUGUUCAUUUUUCUUUUUAAUGCUUUAUUUUCAUCAGAAGGAGCGUCAAACAAAUUAACCACUAGCUUUUGGGCUCUUGAAUUUAUGAAUUUUUUUCUUUGAACCCUUUUUGCUUUAAUCUUAGGAGUGGACAACAUUUCUGUAAAAGAUGUGUUUAGCUUCGAUUUGGCGUCUUCAAAGGUAAUAGUUGGUAAAGAUUCCAUAACUUCGUCGUCUGAUAUGAUUAUGUCAAGAACCGAGAAUCUGAAGAGCAUCGCCUUCAGAGCUAACAUCUUGGUCAUUGGAAGAAUGUUUAGAAGGUUGUUUUGAUCCUUUUAGCUGAAGAUUGAGUAAUUGGUUCUGCAGAAGAACUUUGUUCACUUUUUGCAGUUUUUUUCUGAUUUGAGAAAAUGGUUGUGCCCUGUUCAUUUUCAUCAUUUGGAUUUUCAAGCUCUGUUAGGCGUGAAAGUAUAUUCCCGUAGCUUUGAACACUGACAUAAUAUUUCCAGGUGUUAUUGUCUUAGCCCAUACUAAGAAAAUAUUUUCCCAGACUGUACGUCUUAUCGAGCGUUAAGGAUUGUUCAUCCAAUAACGAAGAACCUCUUCGUCCCAAAAAGAUUCAAGCUGUAGCUCAUGAGUAGUGUUACUUGGCAAAAAAAACAAAGUAAUGUCUUACUUUUCAGCAGCUUUAACAAUGUUUAUUGUAACAAUUUUUAUCUCCUACUCAAAACUGUUCAAAAUGUUCGAUCCACUUCACAAAAACGUCGUUUGUCAUACUUCCUAUGGGUGUCAUAACGACCUUGGUUCCGGGAGGAAGAUUUUCUUCCCAUUCUGGUUUCAGCCACUGACCCUUGAAUAAUAUCAUCGGUGGUAUGUACUGACCACUGAUCAUUGGCACAUGACACGAUUGUCACAUUUUCAGCAUGCUCAGGUGCUACUAUAUGCAUUCACUUGAUCCCUUUCUGGGCAAAAAUUUCCUGUUGGUGGUUCAGUGUCAAACAGCAGCCGAUAUUGUAAAUGUUCUGAGGUUUACCAGCAACAUCCAAUUCCUCCAUGACUACCUUCAAUUUGUCAAAGAAAUCGGUGACAAUCAUUUUAUUAAGUUUACUUGCUCUUGUGGGAUUCAAAUUUUGUGUUUUACGCCCAGCUAAAUCAGGGUGGCGACCCAGAAAAAGUCUCAACUACUUACGUCCAGCUUUUUGUUUCUUCGUGUUAAAAGUAUGAGGAAUAUUAUUUUUCUCGCAGUAAGAAAACACACAUUAUUUUGCUUGUAAUAGGAAUUCCAACAUCAGCCAACCCAAAAGAUUCUUGAGCAAAGUUCAGUUUCUUAAUCAGAUGAUAAAAUCGGAUUUCUACCUAAUUUUUUAGUGGAUAUACCUGUCGCAAAUGGUUUCAUAAGGUCCUCCUUGGUAUCCGAAAUUCCUUGAAGCCUGAUUGACAGACAUUUUAUUUCCAACAGCAUUCAAAACCUGCUCCAUUCAUUCUUCAUUCCAUUCAGCUCGCUUUUUCUUAAUUGCAUUUGAUUCCAUCUCGUCUCAAACAUAUGAACAAAUAUCGUUAGUUCAAUGCAACUAAACAUACUAAUAGGCUUAUAUUUAUAAAUUAUGUGAGAGUCUACGGAAUCAUAAAGCUUAAAGCACAGCAUAAAGGUUAAAACAUGUAUUAAACCACUUCCCUAAUAAGGCUAGCUGCUGGCCUUAUUGGGGCACCCCUGUUUACCAAUAGAAUUUGAUACAGUUACUCCUAUAUACUUCAGUUUUUUUCAAAAACGUUUACCGUGAUCUUAUAAUACAGUUUAUCUCCAGUGUUGUUCAUAUGCAAUGUGACUAACAGUGGUACGUCUAGCGUAGGAACUUGAAACUACAAGGACAUCAAAAUCACCGAUAACCCACUGCUAUUCUGCUACUUCUGCAAAAGUACCUGUACCAUAAACUUUACAUGUCUUUAAUUGAUUUUGCUUUUGUAUGUAUUUCCGAAAUUAUAUUUUUAUUAUUUCUAGGACUCUUAACAUUUACAAUACUACUGUUAUUAAUAAAAUAUUUUGUAAUU